GCGAAAGCAGCUUAGGAACGGACAUUCCCCGGAACCUUGAGUUCAUGCAGCACUAGAGGAAAACAUACAUUGUAGCACUUCAUUAAACGGCUGUUUUCAUAACAAGCACGGAGCUGUAUUUCAUCUAUAAAAAGGUCGUUUUUGGACACUUUUUCAGAAUGUCUACCAGUUCAGAUUCUCCAGUAAACUAUGAAGAUAAAUUUCCCCAUCCCUUUUCUGCUGAGGACAAGGAAUACCAGGAAUACCUCCAGCGUCCCACAGACCCUCCCCCUAUUUCUGAAGAGUGGAGAGGCAGAGGAGGUGGCCACCAGAGGGGUAGAGAUCACCGGUCACAUGACUACAGGCCAUACAGAGGGAGAGACGGUGGGAGGAACUGGUCAAACGAUAACCGAUACAACCAGCAGUGGCAGGACAGGGGUUGGGGUCACAAUCGCCAACACUAUCAGCAACAAGGACAGUCUAGUUCUUAUGGACACCAAGGAUAUAGUUCAUACAAUCAAAGACCUUCCAGCAACCGUUAUUAAAGACGCUUUGCAUCUGCCACAUUACAUGCUGUCCUACAUCCUAGAUAGUUUUUCUUCUUUUGUGUUAAGUGAAAAUGGUUGCAAGGAGAUUCUUUUUUUCUGUCUGUGCUUAAUACAGAGAUUUAGCUUAUUUUUGACUGAAGGCUAUGUUUGAACCUUUUAAGUUUUUGCAGUAUUGUUACAGUAGGGAUACAUUUGGCUUCAUAGAGGAGCUGUAGUGGGAGGACAAGGUUGCCUGACUAGAUGUUUUGCUAAAAGGGUGGAGUGGGGAGGAGUCAGGUCAGAAAGCUGUAUGUUCAGUUACUGUUUUUUUUUUUUUUUUUUUUUGGUCAGGUUUUUCAAUACAAGCCUUUGGUUCAAGUUCUGCAACCUUAAUUAGUUCUGCAGCAACAAAGUGAACCUCUUCUUGUUGUCUUCCUAGCUAAAAGUAUGAUUUGCAUAAUUGUAAUACCAAUCCCCCCCCCCCCCCCCUGUAGAUUGAUAUCCAUAAGUAAUGAACUUUGGAAUAUAUUUUCCAAAAGGUUUUCCUCCAUUCUUUUGAAAAGAGAAAAAAUCAAGUUAGUGUUACAAAAUGAAACGCAAAACACUGAGAAUGCUUAAGGGAACUUGAAACCUAUUAGUUAUUUUGUGUAUAGUUUUGUAAAAUUAACAGGUGUUUUACCUGUUCAAAACAAGCAAAAAAAAGUUUAUUAAACUCUUUGAAAAUAUGGCCUAUUGUGUAUUGAAAAUGUACAAAAUGGGAAAUGUUUCAUUAAGUUGUGGACAAGUGUGUUUGUUAAUUGUUUUGUUUGUUUUCAGGAUGAAAUAUUGAAUUAUAUGCUGUUCACAUUGUAUAGAAUUAUGUGAUGUGUUAAAAAGAAGGCCUAUUAAAAUGCAUUUAACUUGUAUAUGUAUACAUUGAGACACUGUCAGGAAUGGCAAUUUAAUGAAACAUUAAAUCUUUGAAAAAUGA